AUGUUGAAAUUGAAAGAGAAGAGUUUAGAGAAUCGUAUUUGGGAGCAUUUCACUAAGGAGAGUAUUGAAGGGAUUCCUAAAGCCAAAUGUAAUUAUUGUGGUAAAUAUUUGGGUGGUUCUUCGAUCAAUGGAACUUCUCAUUUGUUUAAACAUCAUGGAGGAUGCAAGAAAGUGCAAAACAUAGAUUUGUUGAAGGAAAAACAAGUUGUUGAGACAGAUUCAUUUACUAAUGAAGAAUUUCGAAGACAUGUUGCAAUGAUGAUCAUUUUCCAUGACUAUCCACUUUCUAUGGAUAGACAAUACAAUCACGAGCCAACUGAUAAUGAAUGGGAUCUUGCCCAAGAAAAUGAUAACUUUAAAUAUCCCAUGUUACGAGAAAUUGCAAGAGAUUUAUUGUUGAUUUUAGUGUCAACAAAUGCUUUAGAGUCUGCGUUUAGUACAAGUGAUAGAAUUAUUGGUCCUCAUCAGAGUAGGCUUAAUGUGGAAAUGGUAGAGGCUCUUAUGUAUGCAAAAAGUGAACCUCCUAAUGAAACAUUGUUCAUGAACACAUAUAUAGAUUUGGACCUAGAUUGCGAUAAAGAUUUCGAUGACGUUGAAGAGAGGAUUGUAGAAUGA